GAAAAUGAACUAAGUGAGCACUGAGUUUAUCAUUCACAUGUUUUAUCAUGUUUUCGUCAAACAAUCUGAGAACACAUUCAUUUUAUAUUGGUUGUCCUUCCAUGCAAUGCUUUGUUCUGUGUUUUAUGUGAAACUUUUUUGUGAGUAAAUAUGAAUCGCGCCAGGCGUAGUGUGACGACCUGUAAAAGACCGGCGGCAGUAAAAGUCAGUGAUGAUGACUUUGAAAGUGGUGGCGCUGAAGAUGACGAUUUCUCUGCAAGUGAGGAUGAGUGGUUACCGGGGAAGGAUAGAAAAUCUAAGGAAGGAUCAGACAGAGGCGUGCAAGAUACUUCGCUGGAGUGUGAUGAUUCCGAUGAACCGGAUGAUUAUCACACUGAAGAUUCCGAAAGCGAUGGGAGUUCGGUUGUAUUCAAACGCAAAGAUGGAACAAAAAGACCUUCAAAAAGUUCUCCAAAACAUCUGUCAAAAAAGAAACGUCUCUCUCCCGGUACAAGAAAUGAACUGUAUAGAAGAACAAAACAUUUUUUGAAAAAUCCAGAUCCGGUACGACCAGCUUUAAACAGUACUGUAAGUGAAAUUCUUGCAAAAUGUCAAUAUAAGAAAAAGAAAGAAAUAACUCACGCACGAAAAUCAAAACCAGUUCUUGAUAAAACGUCAAAUGGUACUCCAAAUUUGGAUGAUUCUGACAGCAGUGGCGAUGAUCAUCUGGUUGACCCAGAAAAAUUGGACCUUAACUCUAAAUUCUUUGAUCAUACACCUGUUGAUAAAAAAGAAACGAAACAAAUUACUUUUGACUGCAAUGCUGGCAUUAAACUUUCGGAUAGUUCGAGCGAAGACGAGAAUCCAGCUGAUAAUAUUCCGGCGUCAAUACCGAAAGCCGCAGCGAAUAACUUGAUCAGCAGAAUAAAUGAGUCUUCGAGCGGAUUGUUGAACUUUAACGAUCUCGGGGAAUUCAAUCGAAAAAUUGAAGAAGCUAAAAAUUUGCUGAAGAACUAUCAAUCAAACCCAAAAGACAGUCCGGAGUGUAAUGUUAACGACGAAAAUGUUUCAAAUUUAUUGGCUUUGGGUGAGACCGAGGCUGGCAUCUCACCCAGGACCAAGAACGAAGUCAGCCAUCAAGAUGAGGAUAGCAUGAACGAAGGAUCAGAUUGGGAAGAGGUACAAGAAACCAAGAAAACCCAGAAUACAGAAAAACCACCAGAUGACUAUCAAAUUACGGUAGAAGUUGAAACUAGUAAAUCUAAAAAGAAACGAUGGGAAGAAAUCGAAAUGGAGCUGUACAUAAAGCGACAGAUUAAUAAGGUUAAACGAGAUAAUCAGCUGGCUUAUCAUAAGAGCAGUGUUCUCUGUACAAUUGCUGUUGGAUUACAGUUGAAUACGAUUCUAAACUCGGAAAAGAUUCAAGCCAUGGUAUUAUCACUGAUGCAAUCGAAGGAUUGCUUUAAAAAAGGAAGGGUAGAUGUAAAAUUUGUACAACAAUUGAUGAAGUGGUUCAAAGAUACAUUUACCCUGAAAAAUCAAGUGGCAUUUAUCACGAAUACGUUGAAUCUCAAAUUCAGUCUAGCCUUGGAAUUAUUUACGAAUAAAGUCACUUGUAAACGAGACUACUUGCUACUGUUUCUGGCAUGCAUGCGUGUAGCUGGAGUACAAAGUCGCUUGGUUAUUUCUGCGAAUGCUCCACCGAAGCGUCCGGCUAUGAAAGAUCUAUGUCCAAUUUCGGAACGACAACUCAUCGAACAAUUCGAAAAGGAUUAUUGCAAGAAGACAAAUUUACAAAAUGUGCAACCGCAAAACAGCUCACUCGAUAAAAAUGUUGAUCAGAUAAAAGAUGAAUUUAGCGAAAACGACAAAUCUAGUUCGACUCUUGAAGAAACUCCAGUAGCAGAACAGAUCCCAAACGGUUCGAAGGGUGUGAAACAAUUGCGAAACUCGAAAAGUUCACAGUUGAAUAAUGAUCAACAAGUUGCGGUACAUGUGGUGGAGUCAUGUGAUUCAAAAAGCCACGAAGCAGGACAAGAAUCACGCAAGUCUUCGGCUGUACCCAAAAUUGUUGUUGAAACAAAGACAGUUAAUUCUCCUCGUCGCACAAGAUCCAACAGUAGAACUCCGAUACCUGAAAAAACAUCUACGGAUGUCUCGAAAAAAAUUCGAUUUUCGCUGGAUCCUAAUGAAACCAAACAAAAAAGUACAUCAACAACGCCUAGUCCAUCGUCGAAGGAAAAUGCUAAACCUCCCAAAAGCAUCAUCAGGCGAUCGUCACCAAGAUUAUCUGGUAAACUGAACCAUACCAAUCCUCCGGCAAAGAGGGCUCUAGGCACUUUGGACAUUCCUCAAUUGGAUGGUAUGAACGAUGUUGUAUCCACUCCCAGUAGUCUACCUUUGUCGCGAAGACUUCGCAGUCGAAUUAAGAUGAAACCCGGUGAGACGGAGGCGGAAGCAGAUUUCACGAAUCAUUUUAACAAACGGGCCAACAAUACUCCAUCCAACAAGGAACAAAACAAUAAUCAACCUGGCAGAAUACUGAAACGAAAAUUGUUUACCGUUGCUGAGCCCACGAAAUUUCACACAAGUGCAAACGAAAAACAAACAACCGUCACCACAAAUAAAAUUCUUUCGACUUGUUCUUCGUCGGAAAGUGAAGCCGGAACUGUCGAGUCCAAAACAUCCCCAGCAUUGAACAAGAAACAGAGACGACCGAAAGCAAAGAAACCUUCAUUUUCUGAUUCGGAUGAUAGUGAUUUCGAACCCGCGGGCAAAAAGAAAAUCAAAGAAAGCAAAACAAAAUCAGCGAGGAAAUCACUCGGAACAUCUAGUAAAAAGAAGGCAAGUGUCAUUAAGGACGAGAAAUCGUCACACAUCGGAAGUGCUGCUUCUAGUUCAUCUAGCAAGACGGACAUGUGGAUAGAGUUUUACUCGGAUAAAGAUAAGCGGUGGGUUACGGUGGAUUUGUUUACGGAGAAGAUUGAUUGCGUUGAUUAUUUAGCGCGACAUGCCACAGCUCCCAUCAGUUACGUGUUUGGAUUCGACAACCAGAACCACGUCAAGGACAUCACCCCUCGCUAUGUGCAGCACUGGAACACAGUAAGCCGAAAGCUGCGAGUUGAACCGAAAUGGUUAGACAAAACACUUGAGCCAUUCCGGGCCGACAAAGACGAUCGAGAAGUAAACGAAGAUGCUGAGUUGAACAAGAUACACAUCGAUAAACCUCUGCCGACCACCAUAGCCGAAUGCAAGAAUCACCCACUCUAUGUACUGAAACGGCAUCUGCUGAGGUAUGAAGCGCUGUACCCCGUAGACGUACCGAGUUUGGGAUUUGUCCGCGGCGAGGCAAUCUACGCUCGUGAGUGUCUGUUCGUUCUGCAGACUCGCGAAAAAUGGUACAAACAGGGACGAGUGGUGAAGGCUUUCGAAACUGCUUACAAGAUGGUCAAGUGCUGGAAAUAUGAUAAACCGAACAACGUAUGGCUUUAUCAGCCCUGUGACACCUUUGGAGUUUGGCAAACGGAAGAGUAUGAUCCACCCACGGCAGAAAAUGGCAUAGUUCCGCGUAACGAGUAUGGUAACGUGGAGCUUUUCACCCCGAAAAUGUUACCCAAGAAAACGGUUCACCUGCAGCUUCCAGGACUCAAUCGGGUCUGCCGUCGUUUGGGUAUCGAUUGUGCACCAGCGUUAACCGGGUUCGAAAAAGCUCGCAUGCGAAUGGUUCCCGUGUACGACGGAUUUGUGGUGUGUGAAGAAUUUGCCAAUCAAGUCGUUGAAGAAUGGUACAAAGACAUGGAGGAAGAGGAACAAAAGGAACAAGAGAGAUACGAAAAACGGGUCUACGGAAACUGGAAACGUCUAAUUAAAGGGGUGCUGGUUCGCCGAAAAUUACAAAACAAGUACAAUUUUGAUAAUCUGUAAGAUGUUUAUUGUUCACAAAACGUGUUGAUUUCUUUUGAAAAAAUAUAUUUUCUAUGUUUUAUUCGUUCUAAACGAUUCUCUACAAAUAAUCUGUUAAAUACAAAA